AAUUAAUCCAGUAACCAUAGCAUGGAUGACUCUGUCAAGGGGGCUAUUUUUAUUUUCUUUGCAACCUCAGCUGAGCUCGAUCUGACAACAGUCAAAAACCCUUGACCAACCCGAAACGAACCCCACCGUGUCAUCGUCAAUUCUGGCUUGCUCCGCCCCAAUGUGCCCCGUAGUCCUUUCCUCAGCUUCGGCCGUCCUCAUACCAUGCCCACUAUUUAACCCCUCCUAGUCCUUCGACGCCUUUCUCUUAUACGGCUAUUGUCAUUCUUAAUCUUUCAAUCUAUUCGUUUACGGCAUAUUGAGCUUCUCGGUAUCCCUCACCAUGUCUGAUCAAUACGGAUACAGCCAGUACGGACAGUCCGGCCAAUACGGCGGUGGCUACUACGGAGGUCAACAAGGAUAUCCUCAAGGACAAGGCCAGUAUGGAGGCCAGUACGGAGGCCAAUACGGAUCAUCACAGGACGGAUACUACCCGCCUGCACAACAGUACCAGCCUCACGGCAACCCUCCUCCCUACGACCAGCAAGGCUAUCAACCGUCCUACAACAGUCACCCCCAAGGUGGACCAUACCCGGGUGGUCAGGAUUACGGGCAAGGUGCACAAGCUGGUUACUACCAGGGCCAUAAUAACUCCUUUUAUCCCUCAGGACAGGGUGCGAACUCUUCCUACUACGAUUCUGGGGCCGAUAAGCAAGCGCCACAGAGUCAGUACCCGCAGCAGGGACAACAUCCAGGACCUGCGGGCCAAGAGGGUGAAAGAGGCCUCGGGACGGCGAUACUCGGUGGUGUAGGCGGUGGAAUUCUAGGCCACAAGCUGGGUGGCGGGGCGUUGGCCACCGCGGGGGGAGUGUUGGCGGGGAGUAUCGGGGCUAAUGUGGCGAAGCAUAAGAUUAAAGAGCACAGGAAGGACAAACAUCACAAACACAAGCACGGCCACCACAAACGCAAGUCUAGUUCCAGCUCCUCGAGUUCGUCGUCGAGUUCGUCGAGUUCGUCCAGCAGCGAUUAAACUGCACUCGUUGGGUUUUCUAAUGAGAUUUGUUGAUGGUGGUGGUUAUGUCUUUCGGUUGGCAUUGGGUUUAUGGACCCUUGUUUACUUCUGGUUUACUUUUGUUCAUCAUCCUAUAUCCUAAGUUGUCUUGCCGCCGUAUUGUGGCGUAGUUCGUGUAGCGUGCCCGUAUUGAUAUGAGCAUGGUUAUGAAUGCAUUGAAUUUCCAUGGAGAUAAUUUC